GCUCUGGAUGGCUCCUAGGAGAAGUCUGCCAGAGAACUCCAUAGAGGCGCUCCCGCCCCACCCCCAGCUUUCAGCCCGGGGCAGUAUGUAGGGGCGGGGACCUUCCAGAGGGACCGGGCUCCGAGGGCUCCGUGGGCUCCGAGGGUGUUGGCGCUGGGGCCGCAGAGCUGCCCCUGCACCAUCGAUGAAGUUGUCUGUGUGGCGGGGGCUGCGGAAUGGGCGUGCGCGCCCACGGGGUGUGUGCAUGUGUGGGAGUGUGUGCAUGCGUGUAGGUGCACUGUCUUGCGUGUGUGCACACGUGUUCGGAUGUCCGCGAGCUGUGGCAGGAACUCACGCUCGUCCGGCAGCCCGCCCCUUCAACGGGCUUGCAUCUGGGCUGGAGAGCUGGCUGUGCGCGCGGGAGGGCUCUUUCCUGCAGGUGUGAGUAGCGUGCAGUGCCAUUGUGUCUGUGAAGAGGAUGAGAGGCGAUGGUCUGAACCCUGGGUAUGCGUGAGCUGCGGCAUCAUGCACCACACUGUGGGUCCCUGGCCCGGGGUGUGGAGUAAGUGUCCCUGCCACGGUGCAGCGGACCCCACUGGGGACUGGACCUGCCGUUGGAGUCACACCGGCACUCUCCAUCCUCCCCCACCUCGGCAUAAGCGCCCCCUUCUGGACACCCUACUUUGUGCCAGGUGGCUGGCCUGCGUGCGCGCUUACAGCUCGACUGUGCAGUUAGUGCAGCCUGAGGGCCUGAGUCGGGAGCCUAGGGGAGGGCUGAGACCUUCCUGCGGCCUUCACGGAGGAGGUGGCGUGGGAGUGCGGUUCCCAGACUCAGGCUUCCCGCUGAAGCCCCUGGGCCACAGCGGGUCAUCCUCCCACCCCCAGGAAUGUUCUACACUCCAGCCCGCCUUCCUUAGGGCAGGCCCCUAGGGGCCACCACAACCCCACAGCUCCGCCUCCCCUCCCCGGCUGCCCGGGAGGGGGUGAUGCGGGCAGGACGCCUGGGUUCCUCCCCCCUCCCAUCCCCGGGAGAAAUUCCUCCGAGGUCCCCUCAGGCUCUGGGUUCCCAAAAUAACCGUGCGGGGGAAGGGAGGCUGCGAAGGGAGGGAAGCAGGAGGGGCGCAGAGCCGAACAGUGGGGUGCUGCAGGUGUCUCUGGGGAGAGGACGUGAGAACAGGGCCUCCGGGGGCACCAACCGGUCCUCAGAGUUCCGGCUCGUCCCUGUCCCCGGGGAGCCUCUCGGUGCGACUCCGAGGGUGGGCCGGAAGCCUCUGGGCAGGCCGGGUUUCCCAACUGGGGGGUUGCACCAUCCCGGACCAAACGGUUUAACCCCGAGAGGCCGCGGCCGACGACUCCGCCCCUGCCCGGCAGGGGGCGUGCCCUCCACGCCCGGUUCGCAACUGCCAGGGCGCACCCGGACCGAGCGCCUCCACCCGCUCCUGUUCUGUCUCUCCCGGACAGGGGUCCGGUUCGAGCCCCGCGGGAGGCUCUCGGAGUGCUGCUUGGCCCAGCCUACCCGCGUCGCCAUGGCGGGCACCCUAGAUUUGGACAAGGGCUGCACGGUGGAGGAGCUGCUUCGUGGCUGCAUCGAAGCAUUCGAUGACUCCGGGAAAGUGCGGGACCCUCAGCUGGUGCGCAUGUUCCUCAUGAUGCACCCCUGGUACAUCCCUUCCUCUCAGCUGGCAGCGAAACUGCUCCACAUCUACCAGCAAUCCCGGAAGGACCACUCCAGUUCGCUGCAGGUGAAAACAUGCCACCUGGUCAGGUACUGGAUCUCGGCGUUCCCAGCCGAGUUUGACUUGAACCCAGAGCUGGCGGAGCAGAUCAAGGAACUGAAGGCGCUGCUGGACCAGGAAGGGAGCCGGCGGCACAGCAGCCUCAUCGACAUCGAGAGCGUCCCCACCUACAAGUGGAAGCGGCAGGUGACGCAGCGGAACCCCAUGGAACAGAAAAAGCGCAAGAUGUCCCUGUUGUUUGACCACCUGGAGCCCAUGGAGCUGGCGGAGCACCUCACCUUCCUGGAGUACCGGUCCUUCUGCAAGAUUCUGUUCCAGGACUACCACAGUUUCGUCACCCACGGCUGCACCGUGGACAACCCUGUCUUGGAGCGCUUCAUCGCGCUCUUCAACAGCGUCUCCCAGUGGGUGCAGCUCAUGGUCCUCAGCAAGCCCACUGCCCCGCAGCGGGCCCUGGUCAUCACACACUUCGUCCACGUGGCAGAGAAGCUGCUGCAGCUCCAGAACUUCAACACGCUGAUGGCGGUGGUGGGGGGCCUGAGCCACAGCUCCAUCUCCCGCCUCAAGGAGACCCACAGCCACGUCAGCCCUGAGACUGUCAAGCUCUGGGAAGGGUUGACAGAACUAGUGACGGCCACGGGUAACUAUGGCAACUACCGACGCCGUCUGGCAGCCUGUGUGGGCUUUCGCUUCCCCAUCCUGGGCGUGCACCUCAAGGACCUGGUGGCCCUGCAGCUGGCCCUGCCUGACUGGCUGGACCCGGCUCGGACUCGACUUAACGGGGCCAAGAUGAAGCAGCUGUUCUGUAUCCUGGAGGAGCUGGCCAUGGUCACCAGCCUCCGGCCACCCGUGCAGGCAAACCCAGACCUGCUGAGCCUGCUCACGGUGUCUCUGGACCAGUACCAGACGGAGGAUGAGCUCUACCAGCUGUCCCUGCAGCGAGAGCCACGCUCCAAGUCCUCGCCGACCAGCCCCACAAGCUGCACCCCACCUCCCCGCCCCCCAGUGCUAGAGGAGUGGACCUCAGCUGCCAAGCCCAAGCUGGACCAGGCGCUCGUGAUCGAGCACAUUGAGAAGAUGGUGGAGUCUGUGUUCCGGAACUUUGACGUGGACGGGGACGGCCACAUCUCUCAGGAAGAGUUCCAGAUCAUCCGAGGGAACUUCCCUUACCUCAGCGCCUUUGGGGACCUCGACCAGAACCAGGAUGGUUGCAUCAGCAGGGAGGAGAUGGUCUCCUACUUCCUGCGCUCCAGCUCGGUGCUGGGCGGCCGCAUGGGCUUCGUACACAACUUCCAGGAGAGCCACUCCUUGCGCCCAGUUGCCUGCCGACACUGCAAGGCCCUGAUCCUGGGCAUCUACAAGCAGGGCCUCAAAUGCCGAGCCUGUGGUGUGAAUUGCCACAAGCAGUGCAAGGACCGCCUGUCCGUUGAGUGCCGCCGCCGAGCCCAGAGCGUGAGUCUGGAGGGGUCUGCACUCUCACCGUCACCCACACACUCCCAUCAUCGAGCCUUCAGUUUCUCCUUGCCGCGUCCGGGCAGACGAGGCUCCCGACCUCCAGGGUGCAUCCUGUGGGAGGGGGUGCCUGCUGAGAACACCUGGACCCAGGAGUCAGUCGGUGACCCUCCCCGCUCCAGAGAUCCGAGAGGAGGAGGUACAGACGGUGGAGGACGGAGUGUUCGACAUCCACUUGUAAUCGAUGCUGUGACUGGAUCAAGCACUCAGGCCUGCCUUGGAGAAAAAUUUGAGACCAGAGCAGGGGCCUGGGGCAAAGGCUGGGGCUGGGUGUGGGGCGUGAGGGUGGCAUGUGGCUGAGGGCAGGGCCAGAGUUGGCAUCCCUAAGGUUGUACAGACUCUUGUGAAUAUUUGGAUUUCCCACAUGGAAAUAAAAGGCCCGUGUCAUGCA